GCGCCGAUUCAGGGCCAUAGUCGUCAAGUCUAUUCGAGUGCGUGUGUCCGUCCGUUUGAGAGAGAGGCUCCUCAAGCCAGCCAGGACGGCAGUCACUACAGAGCUUUUGUUAGCGACGCGUGUUCUCCUGAACGUUUCGCGGAAAUCAGCUGUGUUCUGUCGCUGAAAUUCGGGACUUUUCCGCCCAUCUCCGACCCACCGCACCGGGGACGAACGUUCGAGACAGUGCGUGAUGGCCGCGGACAUUGUCGAGAGCGAAGAAGGAAGUCAGGAGACGCCGCAAGAGGCUCAUGUUCCCGAAGAGAAAGCCGAGCCCCCUCGAGAGCUGCUCUCGGACGCUCUACGGAAAGACGCGUCGCAUCCCGUGUUCGGGAAAGACUUCAAACCCACAUUGUGUCUGGAGCUUGGUGGCGACGCCGAUGUGAGAAGUUUACUGGAACAAGCUGCGCUGAAAACGAAUCCCGUCUGCUUCCUGACCCGGCUCGAGGCCUCAGAAACGCUGAAGGGAACGCAACCAGUCCUCUCCGACCGCAUCCAGUGUUUCCUGCCGAGACUUUUGAAUAAAGUCGACGUCCUAGUUCUUAGUCCCGAGAGCAACGACAAGAAUAAUCAAAUUCUCCCCUUCAUCUCUCGACUCCUGGCCCCGAAAGGAAGAUACUAUUUGCUGCUAUCGGCAGACGACAAACCUGUGGAGCUGUGUCGUCAGAUGGGCAAGAAAGGCCUCGUAUCGAGAGAAGUAAUCUCGAAACAGAUAGCCCGUGGAGGAACGUUCUCAGUGUUUUGUUUCACCCAUAAAAAAUGAAUAGGUCUGAGGAGCCUUAUAGGAAAAUGAAGCUGAUCCGAGACGUUGUUCGGAGCUUUAUUUCGACGGAAGUCCCAGAACGCGUCUCCCGAACUCGAGUCGUCGCCGCGUCCCGUCAGGAAAACGGCCGACUGAGCUUGCCCCAUUCAGUCGAAAUAACUGUGAGAUGCAGCUGAUCUCGUUCGACUACUCGAUACCUUGUAAUUCCUCCAGAUAUCACACUUUUCGGUGAGCUGAGAGAGAAAGAAUCGAAUCUACUCGAUUUUUAGCGAUGACCUGAGCAUCCAUGUGUAUCCUAAUCCAGCAGUGAAACUAUCAUUUAAUGGAAGAAUCCUUGAGCGGUGGAAUCGUCGCUGCUCGAGCUGUAUUUAGGACAUAUUUGGUGAGGGAUUCGAGAGCCUCGCUCUCGAACAUUGUCCCGCUUGCCCUUGUUGCAGAGGCGAGCGUAGACCUCUCGAGUCCUUCGAGUAGGGCAGUGCUCUGAGAUCUACUAGCUCGUUGAUAAAUAUGUACCAAUGAAAACUACGAGAAGCAACUUCAUUCGGCAGGCUGGAUACUCUUCCGAGGGUCGACUAUGAGCUGAAUCGGAAAAGUUCU